AUGCCCCAAUCUUGGUCGGGAAAUACACAUUCCAUGUUAGGGUUUCCGUUGACAUACAGUUUUAGAAAAAAAUCUCCACUUUCUACUUUUUUCAUACACAACACUUCCUCAACAAGUAUCUUGCUUGAUUCUUCUCUACUACUAUAUCGUCGUUCUUCUAACAUUAACCUUGAAGGUCCCUUUUCGCACUAUGGAGGAACACAUUAUCUUAGCAGCUAUGCAGUUGAUGAGUUCUUGGACGAUGAGUACGAAUGUGAUUACGAGAAUAACCUGCUGUUCCGGAUGGAUGGCGGUGUAAGUGGUGACGGUAAAAGAAUGACUGAAACCAAAGGAAGGAUGCUUCUUCUGAUCAGGAGUUCAUCAGCUUGGGUUCUUCCAUCACUGAUUUAUGCAUGCCCCUCAGCAUCGACGUUGUGUUGGGCGUGUGCGACAGAGAUAGUCUGGCCGACGGUGACCAAAAGCCUUUCAACAACAUCAAGAAACCACCAUAGCCAUUUGACUAAGAUCGAAUGGUAUCUAGGGAAAAAUUUGACCCAAAAGGUUAUGAGGAAGAAAGCUAAGAAGGGUUCAAGAAGCCCAAAACAACCAAUGACAAAAACUGAAGAUUGUGAAAGCUUCUUCAACUUUUUCAAUCCUCCACAAAUCCCUGAUGAUGAAGAUGACAUGGAUGAGGAUACUGUUGAACAGCUUCAGAAUCAGAUGGAACAUGAUUAUGACAUUGGAUCAACAAUUCGAGAAAAAAUCAUUCCUCAUGUUGUCUCUUGGUUUAUUGGUGAGGCUGCCCAAAAUGAUGAAUUUGAGAAUGAUGACGAAGAUGAUGACGAUGUUGAAGAUGAUGAUGAUGAUGAUGAGGAGGAGGAGGACGAUGAUGAUGAUGAAGAAAAUGUAAACAAUAUAAAGAAGGAUUUGCCUCAACAUUUCCAGGAUUUGGUUGAUAUUGGAAGAAAUUCUUUGAGACGUUUACUCAUUACUUAUGCUAGAAAUGCUCUACCACAUGACACAACUUGA